GGGGCGCCCCGCGGGAGGCGCGGGCCGGGGGCGGGGCUGGGAGCCCGGCAGAGGCGAGCGGGGCCGGACGCGGCAGGACGCGAGGGGCGAGCAGCGAGCCGGGCGCGGAGCCCGGCGUCGGCACCGGCACCGGCACCGGCACCAUGGAGGAGGACGACAGCUACGUGCCCAGCGACCUGACUGCUGAGGAGCGGCAGGAGCUGGAGAACAUCCGGCGCCGGAAGCAGGAGCUGCUGGCCGACAUCCAGAGGCUGAAGGAUGAGAUAGCAGAAGUGGCCAAUGAAAUUGAAAACCUGGGCUCCACGGAGGAGAGGAAGAACAUGCAGAGGAACAAACAGGUGGCCAUGGGCAGGAAAAAAUUUAACAUGGACCCUAAAAAGGGGAUCCAGUUCUUGAUAGAGAACGAGCUGCUGAAGAACACCUGUGAGGACAUCGCCCAGUUCCUGUACAAAGGCGAGGGGCUCAACAAGACGGCCAUCGGCGACUACCUGGGGGAGAGAGACGAGUUUAACAUCCAGGUUCUCCACGCGUUUGUGGGCUUACACGAGUUCACCGACCUGAACCUGGUCCAAGCACUGCGGCAGUUCCUGUGGAGCUUCCGGCUGCCGGGAGAGGCUCAGAAGAUCGACCGGAUGAUGGAGGCGUUCGCCCAGCGCUACUGCCAGUGCAACCCCGGCGUGUUCCAGUCCACGGACACGUGCUAUGUCCUCUCGUUCGCCAUCAUCAUGCUGAACACCAGCCUGCACAACCCCAACGUCAAAGACAAGCCCACAGUGGAGAGGUUCAUCGCCAUGAACCGCGGCAUCAACGACGGCGGGGACCUGCCCGAGGAGCUGCUCCGGAACCUCUACGAGAGCAUCAAAAACGAGCCCUUCAAAAUCCCGGAGGACGAUGGGAACGACCUCACUCACACCUUCUUCAACCCGGACCGCGAGGGCUGGCUCCUGAAGCUCGGAGGUGGUCGGGUAAAGACCUGGAAACGCCGCUGGUUCAUCCUGACCGACAACUGCCUGUACUACUUUGAGUACACGACGGACAAGGAGCCCCGGGGGAUCAUCCCGCUGGAGAACCUGAGCAUCCGGGAGGUGGAGGACUCCAAGAAGCCAAACUGCUUCGAGCUGUACAUCCCGGACAGUAAGGACCAGGUCAUCAAGGCCUGCAAGACGGAGGCGGACGGGCGCGUGGUGGAGGGCAACCACACCGUGUACCGCAUCUCCGCCCCGACGCCCGAGGAGAAGGAGGAGUGGAUCAGACGCAUCAGGGCAGCCAUCAGCAGGGACCCCUUCUACGAGAUGCUGGCCGCACGGAAGAAGAAAGUGUCCUCCACCAAGAGACACUGAGCGCGGGCGGCGCCGCCCUGCCUCCUGCUUCAGCUUCGCCGUUGGGUUCUGGUGGGAGCCGGCGGGCGGGCCGCUGGGAGAGGGGCCGCGCCUUCUCUCCGGGAGAAGGGAGCUCCGUGUAGAGCCCCGCGCGGUCUCCGCUCAGCGGCCGUGGCCGAGCCCGGGGACAGUGCCGUUCGGGGUUUCCCGGGAGGAAGCCUCCCGCCCCGCUCAGGACCGUGCCUCUGCCUAGUGUUACACGUCGAGAAAGCGCAUGGAAGAGAAGCCACGUCCUAUAAAGUAUAUUUUUGUUUUUGUUUUUAAAGAAAAAGGUGAAGCAGAGCUGUCCACGUGCUUCCUGCCCGUCGGCAGGUGUGGGCCCUGGGCCGGCGGCAGAGCAGCAGGGACGUGACCCCUGUGCCCCGUCUGGGUGUGUCCCAGGCACCAGGAGUGUUGAGCGGGGAGAACCUGCCAGAUACUCCGCUGCUCGUCCCUCGGCACCCACGCCUGCUGGGCUUUAGGACAGAACGCGUUUUUCUGCGCUGAAUCCGAAUCACCAAACUGUGGCGGCCGCAGAGCCCGGUGACCGGCAGGCCCUGUGGCCCUGCUUCCCCCCGGCUGCGCCGUCCUGCGCACACCGCCUCCCUGGUCAGCCCGCAGGGCAGGGGAGCAGGCGGGCAGGCGGCCUGUGCUGUGGCUUCGCUGUCCCUUCUGACCGGGAGGGGCCCAUCCUCCGGCCUGGGUGAAGGGCUGGAGCAGCCUGGCCCUGCUUCUCUCAGGGACCGGCUCCUGUCGCCUGCAGGCCCGACGGGAGGGCGCUCACAUCUCUGGAAUUCGCUUUUGGAAAAGGGGCUGGUGGGAGCGAGGGGUGUGGGGGGUGGGGCCGUCCCCUUGGGACAGGUCCUCCCUGGAGUGGCUUCGGGUGCUUUUACGCCGGAGCCCGUGAAGGCCCAGGCCUCGCGCGAAGCCCAGGCCUCCUCCGGGGCCGCGGCCCUCCCCUGCCGGGCGUCAGUGUUAGUCUAUUUAUCGGGGGUGUAAAUUAUCAUGUACAGUUUUUCUCCUUUCAGAUUAUUUUGUAUUUGUUUAAAAAAAGUUUGUCAAAAUAUAAAAUAUAAAGAAAUGACUGAAAGCUGUUGACAGGGUUUUUAAAGAAUUAUAAUUAUUAUUCCAAUUGUUUUUGUUUGGUUGGGUUUUUUCUUUGUAAACUAGCGCCAAGGAAGUGCAGCAAAUAAACUCCAAUCUGCCCAG